AUGUCGGUAGAGUCCCGAUCGGGUAGUGGAUUGAGUGGAUUGAGUGAGAUGGACACCAUAAUGAGAGCGGCCACAAGAGCUGUCUCGUCGUGCAGCGGGAACACGGCAACCACCCGGUCCGAAUGGUGUGACUACUCCAUCGACACAGACUACUCGACCGAGUAUGUCGAUACCGGAGUUACACGCGAGUAUUGGUUCGAGUUGACCGAUGUAACCGUCGCCCCGGAUGGAGUUUCGCGGUCAGCCAUGGCUGUAAAUGGCUCCAUCCCCGGCCCUACCAUCUUUGCCGACUGGGGCGACACUGUUACUGUCCAUGUCACCAAUUCUCUUUCCACCUCUCUCAACGGUACCAGCAUCCAUUGGCACGGUAUCCGCCAAAACUUCACCAACCAGAACGACGGAGUUGUUUCAAUUACCCAGUGUCCCCUUGCAGUCAGCGAGUCAACUACAUAUACGUGGAAGGCCACGCAAUACGGCUCGUCUUGGUACCACUCCCACUUUGGCCUGCAAGCUUGGCAGGGAAUCUUUGGCGGUAUUAUUAUCAAUGGCCCAGCUACUGCAAACUACGACGAAGAUCUUGGCAUGGUCUUCCUCAACGAUUGGGAUCAUCAGACCGUCGAUGAGCUAUACUCGUCUGCUGAGACAAGCGGCCCGCCCACCCUUGAUAACGGUCUCAUCAAUGGCACAAACGUGUAUGGCGACGAUGAUGACUCCUCCCAGACAGGAACGCGCUUCAACGUUUCAUUCACGAGCGGCACCUCUUAUCGCAUGCGGCUAGUGAAUGCUGCCGUCGACACUCAUUGGAAAUUUUCGAUUGAUAACCAUACCAUGAUGGUGAUUGCUUCCGAUCUCGUUCCCAUUGAGCCUUACAACACAACAGUGUUGGAUAUAAGCAUGGGACAACGAUACGACAUCAUCGUUACUGCAGACCAAGCUGAUGUUGCCGACAACUUUUGGAUGCGCGCGAUCCCUCAAGCUGCUUGUUCCGACAACGACAGCACCGACAACAUCAAAGGAAUCGUUUACUACGGCGACAGCCCCAGCACUCCUUCUACGACCGCGUACUCGUACACCGAUAGCUGCGAAGAUGAGACAAGCCUCGUUCCCUAUAUUUCCAAAACGGUAUCCUCAGCAGAUUGGAGCGCACUGGACGCUGCUACAGUGUCUAAGAACACGGCCGGUCUUUUCAAGUGGUACCUCAACAGCACCACCAUGCUGGUUGACUGGGAAAACCCAACUCUGCAAUCGGUAGCCAAUGGCACGACUGAUUUCGAGACUCAAGAUGCUGUCAUUCAGCUUGAAGACGCGAACGAGUGGGUCUACUUCGUCGUGGAGACCACAAUGGCAGUUCCUCACCCGAUCCAUCUCCACGGCCACGACUUCUUCAUCCUCGCGCAGGGCACUGGCACAUACUCGUCAUCCGUGACCCUCAACACGAGCAACCCGCCCAGGCGCGACACUGCCAUGCUCCCUGCCUCUGGGUACCUGGUGAUGGCCUGGGAGACGGACAACCCCGGUGUGUGGCUGAUGCAUUGCCACAUUGGCUGGCAUACGUCGGAGGGCUUUGCCGUUCAAUUCAUUGAGCGCCAGAGUGAAAUCCCGUCAAUGGUCAACAACACGACAAUGUCGGACAUCUGCGACGCUUGGGAGACUUUCCAGGCCGAGAACGAGGUUGAGCAAGAGGACUCCGGCGUGUAA